UGGUUGCUACGAUAAAUAAGCCCCUGGUUACAAUGAAAGUUAAUUUGUGUGUGUGAUCGUGUCACUUAAAUCAUUUGUUUUACUUCAAAAUUAAACGGAAAUUCGAUACCAAAAUACAGAAUAAAGACUGGUUACUUGAUCCUGGCAUUAAAACAAAAGUUACAAAAUGGAAAAGUCAAAAAUCUUCCAAGCUCUUUGUGAAAACAAUGAAGAAGAAGCUCUGAAGGUGAUAGACGAUGAUGAAGAUACUGAUAAAGAUUUCAACGUUCGAGACGAAAAUGGUAGAACUCUCCUCCACAAUGCUGUACUUAAGCUCAAAUCUGUCAUGGUUUUUAAGUCCCUCUUGAACAAAGUGGACUUCAGUGUCCGAGAUGAAGACGGAAAUACUGCUAUUGAUCUCCUUCUUGAUGACGAAGACUUUCCUGAUGAAGGUGAACAUGUUUUCCGAGAUUUCGUCCGAGAGAGGAUCAUGGGAAGUAAGAAAGCUGACCUAGAGGACUUAAUGCUCAAAGGCUGGCUCGAUAUUUGGUUGUCAGAUGAUGAUAACAUUGAUGAUGAUAAGGAAGAUGUUAAAGAAUUCACUGCUGAGCUACCACAAGCCAAGACAAAGGUUGAGAGCCUACACAAGGCAGUUGAAGAAAGCAAGUGGGACACAGUUCGAGAGCUUCUGGAGGACAAGAAACUGAUCAAAGCUGCUGAUCGAACCGGACUUCCUGUUCUCCAUAAGGCAGUCAUACUGGGUGAAACUGAUAUAGUUGAAAACAUUGCCAGGGAAUUCAUUGAAGCACUGACAGUUACAGAUAAUAUGGGCAGAACAGCCCUACAUUAUGCUGCUGGUCGUAGAGAUGGUGGACACUUAUACAAGAUCCUAACAGAUGCUGGUGCCACUGACGAUGUUAAAGAUAUAAAUGGAAAAGAGCCAAAAGAAAUCUAUGAGAACCCAGACAUAUUACCAGGUGAGAGAGUUGUAGAGAAGGUUAAAGAGAAGCUUAAGAAACCUGUACUUACAUCUAAGAGAAAGAAACAGGAAGUAACACAACAAGAAGCCACUCAGCAAGAAGGAGGUUCUCAAACAGUAACUGACACAACUGAUGCUCCUGCUGAAGAAGAAAAAUCCGCUACCCCACCACCACCCUCUCCCCCAGCACCCAAGAUACCUAAAGAAGACCCUAAUAAGCCAGUUCAGAUGUAUAUAUCACCGGAUGUCCGCCCAAACCCUCCACCUACAACUGUAGAUGGCAGAUAUGUAGCCGACCAUCUUGGCCAUGCUUUGACAAUGGCUCUAUCAGAGAUAUCAGAACGAAGACCCUGGGAUCCCAUAGAAUACCUAGCACACUGGCUGUAUAAAUACCAGGAAAAUGCUAACUACAACAAAAGACAACAAGACCUGUUAGCCGAGAUCAGACAAGAGGAGGCAGCAAAGAAACUGGAUCUAGAAAUGAAAGAGAAGAGGAAAGUGGAGCUUCAGAGACUGCAAGAAGAAGAGAGAAAGAAACAAGAGGCUAUUGAGGAGGAGAGGAAGAGGAAGGAACAGGAAGAACUACAGAGAAAGGCUAAGGAAGCAGCUCUGUCCCAGCAACCAGGUCUUGAAACUGUCAUGGAAGACAAAGAAGAGGACGAGACUCCUAAAGAGAAAUCCCAUAAAGAUGAGAGUGGACAAACUGAACUGCACAAACUGGCUGGACAGCAUGCGGCAGAUCUAAUGACCUUGUUGAAUAUGGGAUAUAGCCCAGCAGAGCGAGAUAUGAACAACAAAACCGCCCGAGAUAUAGCUGUAGACUGUAACAUCAGAGAGAAUGUUGAAGCUAUAGAUAAGUAUGUACAGAAACUUGUUGAGAUGGAAGAAUUUGACACAUUACAAGAUCUGUUACUGGCUGGGUAUGACAAGUUCGAUGUUGUCCUUGACAAACUCAAGGAACAGACAACAAGUUUACCGGAAGAAACACAAACUUUCUUGAAAGAAUUACCAGAACUUCAGGAAAGAAUAAGUACAGUAUUUAAAGCUGUUCAAACAGAUGGUCUCAGAGACCUUAAUCAAGCUUUAGAGAGGAAAAAACUGGCUGUUGCAAAGGAUGAGUUUGGUCGUUCCCCACUUCAUAUAGCAGUCUUGGUUGGACACAAGGAAGCUGUAGAACAUUUAACAAGCAAUUUCCCUGUCACUAUGAAGUGUAAAGAUAAUCUUGAGAGGACACCCCUGCAUUACGCCAUGGCAGUAUCAGAAGAUAUGGUAUCAAUUUUAGAAAAACAUGGACCAGACACACUAGCUUUAGAUGUGAAACAAAGGCCCCCAUCCUAUUAUAAAGAGAAUCCUGAAGAUAUUACUGCUAUGAAGAGUUCCUUUACAUCACUGUUCACUGGUACCCAAGAACAAAGUCAAGAUGAAACCAGUCAGCAAGAAGCCACUGGACAAGAAACCAGUCAACAGGAAGCUACUGGACAAGAAACCAGUCAACAGGAAGCUACUGGACAAGAAACCAGUCAACAGGAAGCUACAGGACAGGAAAGCAGUGAACAGGAAGCUGUGAAACAAGAAGGCCAACAGCAAAUGUGAACAACAACAAGAAUGGGCUGCUUUUCAAACAUAGCUCAGUAUUACGUGAAAGGCAAAUAUUCAUUUGAUGAAAUCUAUAUCUAAACAGUUUUUACCAGCAAACUUACCAUAUGUAUAAAACAUUUCAUGUGCCAAUUUAUUAUACACAAUUUACAUUUUCAAUGACUUUUUAAAACUUUUGUGCUUAUCAGUAACUACGCAUUUAUAAAAGAUUGCAUUUUCAAGAUAUAUUAACAUUAAGCUUUUUUCCCCCCACAUGUUCACCCCUUCUCUACAUUUUGUAUAUGUCUUUGAAAUACGAUCCUGAUAUUUUUGAGAAAUUGUGAUAUUCAUAUUUGUGAUAUACUAUUGUAAUAUUUUAGUUUUUAGCAAUAUUCUUUAUUUUUUAAGUUCUACAAGUUUUCUUUUACAAAAUAAAACAUAAAUGUGU